AUGACAAUCAACAGCCUCCCCCGCAUCGCCUGCUUCCACGGCGGGGGCUCAACAGCCGCCAUCUAUAAAAUCCAAUGCGAACAGCUCGCCCACCUCCUCAAGAACGACUUCCAGCUCGUCUUCUUCGAGGGUCCCUUUGAGCGCAGCGCGGGACCAGGCGUCCUGCCCGUCUUUGCGGACUACGCGCCCUUCAAGUCGUGGUUUACGCAGGAUGAGCGCGGGGAACGGGCCGAUGGGAGCGGGUACGACGCGUCCGGCAACGACGGGGUCGAGCGCGUGUGGAGGCUGAUGGAAGACGAGGGGCCGGGCGGGGAGUGGGUCGGCGCGAUGGGCUUCAGUCAGGGUUCGCGCGUGGCGGGGGGCUUAUUGCUGGAUCAGCAGCGGCGGGAUGCGCUAGGGAUACCGAAGAAGACGCAUAUUGAGCUGCUCUUCGGGGUACUAUGUAAUGGGGCGGGGGCGCCGAUGGGGUCGGAUGCGGCUGAGUGGUUAGAUAUCGCGAAGCCGGAUGAAUCGCUUACCCGGGUUAGUCUGCCGACGUUGCAUGUCCAUGGGCUCAGGGAUCCGUUCUUGAUGCUGGGGAGGCAGCAGUUUCAAGACUAUUAUAAUCCGAAAACGGCGACGCUGUACGAGGUCGAUUAUCAUCAUGCUAUGCCGUGGGCGAGACACGAAGCCAAGCAGCUGGCUGAUCACAUUCGAACAAUCUACAAGAACAGUGCGAAGCAAUGA